AUGAAUAACAAAAUGUGGCACUCAUCAGCCAUUCUACUUCUGUUCCUUAUUGCACUCACCAUUUUCAUCCCUCCAGUGCUUGCCAUGAAGAAAGAUAAACCUCUCAUCCCUUUUCUCAACCCUGGACCCUAUUAUGAGAGUAGACCUCAACAUGUAUGGGGUGAGAACACUUUCAAUGGCUGGACUACUCCUAUGCCUCCUUAUGGUGGUAGCUACCCUAGUAAUGGUUAUGGUUGGCCUCAAUGGGUGUAUAAUUCUUCUUUCAAGACAGCACCACGACCACUGCGACCAUCAUUCUACAGAUCCAGAAACAAAGGCACACCUUAA